AUGCGCCGGCCGCCAGCGCGGGAACGAGGCGCCGCGCGGGCCGUUGGCGUCCGGCAGCCCGCCGCGGCCAGCGCGCUUCGCCUGGGCGGCAGUGGCGCAGCCCCCCGGGGCCCCGCGAUCCUCCGGGUCGCACAUCCGCACGGGCGAGGAGCCCUGCCCCGCGGGGACCCGGCCGGCCAGGGAGAAGGCGAGAAGGAGAGCCCGAGGCUCGGGGCGACGCCCCCUCCGCCCGCCGCAGAGAGUAGAAAUAAAACAGCCAUCAUGAAAAAGACUUUAAAGAGAAGAGAUGAUCUUUUUAAAAAGAUGUCAGAAGAGACAGAAAACAGGGCAAUAGAAGAAAUUAUAGAUAGGAAUCUCUCAAAAGAUGCAAAAGGAAAUCAAAAUCUAGCACAGACACUGAGAGGUAAAGUAAGAGAGAAACUAAAAAAUGCUAAGAUUAAUCAAGGCGAAAAAUCUUCAAGUCAGCUGCUCACUGAUAUGAAGUGUAAUGUCUUACUGGAUGAAGGUCUUUCAUUUUUCAUCCUGAGUGGAGAAGACGACACCGUUUUGAGCCAGUCUUCAGAGCAGAAACCAGUAAAUGACAAUUACUCCAAGCACUUUUCACUUGAUGAUUUGCAAAAUGUUGCUGAAGGCCAAGAGGAAGACUUUUUAGAAGCGGUCAUGCUAACGGAUUUGCUGGAAGUUAAGGCUGCUGAAUAUGGAGAUGACGAAGAACAAGUGAAGAAAGAAGAGGCGAACAUUUUCAUUCCAAGCAGCUCUCCAGUGGCCAGCCAGUACAAACUACCAAAAGGUAUGAAGCCACGCAUUUUAGAAGAUGAAGGACUCUACAUUCAGAGAAAGCCAGAAACACAUAAAAAGAUCUGCAACAAAAUGGAAAAUCGCCUGCUUAAACUAGAAGAGGGAAAGUGUUGGUUUGACGAAAGUGGAGAAAUAAUGUCAUUGCCUUCACCUAUUCAACUGACUUGGAAUUUCAGACUAAACAUAAGCAAGGGAUUUUUGAAUCCAGGACUAAAGACCAUAUUCAGAAAGGCAGUGAAAUUUGACUUAGGACAAUGUUUUAGGAAUAAAAUUGAAGGCCGAAGGGAAAUAUACCAAUUAGAUCUCAACAUUGUGGGUUUGCAAUUCAGCCACCAUCCUCUCUUCAAUCAAGAACAAGUGCUGUGUGCAAGACUGCUCCAUCUUUGUGAGUGCUUUCAGGAUAGGCAGCAGCAGAAUUUAUCCCAGCUGCUUUAUGAGAAGCUGAAAGCACUGACCGAUGCUAUGAAAUUAGCAAUUGGAAAUUCAGAAAUAAACCAGCUGACUAGAAAAUCUUUGCAAGAUUAUUAUUGGCAGAUAAGAAAUACAAAACAGCUGUAUGUCUCUGAGAGAGAAAAGGACCACUCCCUACUCCACAGUAUAUCACAGACUUGGAAACAGAUAAAAUCCCUUCGACAACAGCAAGGGUUUACCAGUACUCCAAUAAGGUUACAGUUCCAGCGGAUAAAAAUGGAUAAAUGUGAUGAGCAAACACAAGCACAAAUAUCAGAAGUGUCUGAGACUGAGAAAGAAACUGAAGAUAAUCCAUUCUGGAGAGAAGAAGCCCAGGAGAACCUCUUGUCUUCAGCUUCAGAACUUGAAGAAAUAGAUAUUGAAAGAAUAAAGCCAAUUACUUUGAUGCCACAACUUUCUUUCACAGCAGAAUUAACAAACAUACUCAAAUGUUCAUUGCAUGAGCAAAAGAGGAGAGCCAAAAUUCAGAAGCUUAAAUAUUUUAUUAAAAUAUUUUACAAUGAUAAACAGGUUUCUUGCACUUCAGUAUCUCCCCUACAGUUUGAUUUUAAAGUUAUGUUUCAGCAAAUUUUCAAUAUUCAGCUAAUAUAUUGGCCUGAGACAAUUUGCUUGGAGGUUUAUGAAGUAAGUAAAAGGACAAGUUUACUGGCAAAACUGUAUUUACCUUUACCAAACAAGACAGAGCUGAAAGGCAAAACUGUUUUGGAAUAUACAGAAUUUAGUUCUGAUAAGAUGGUUAUUCCUGUGGAUGGAGAAGUAGGAAGCAAUGUGCCUUUUAUUCUUGAGGGAACCAGAACUGAAGAACUUUGUCUUUUGACAUCAGGAAAACUUAGCUAUUCUCUGUCAUGGGCCUUAGAUGAAAAUGGAAUUCCUCUGACACCUGUGUCACAGUCAUUAAGAUCCACAUACUGUAGUGUGCUAAGAAAUGUCAAUGCAAGAGAUAUUCCUGGAAAUCCAUGGCUCGCUAACUCACAAAAGCUCUGUGAUUGGAUAAGUAAAGUCAGAAUUGAUCCAAAUAAUCCAGAGUAUUCCGAUUUAACAGAAUUGAUUAUGAAUAUGAAACAUAAAGGGCAGGAUAUUCCAAAGUAUUUCCGCCUUGAACAAUUGCAGGAUGAAUUUAACUUUGUUUCUGAAGAGGAAAUGAAAAGAAGUAAACGUUUCCAACUUUUACAACUUAGAAAUGCAGGUCAACUAGAUUUCUUUCUUCUGCAGCAAAUGCCCCUCCAUGACAGAGACAUUCCAGAUAUAGUACUCCAGGAGUAUGAAAGUCAAGCGCAGAAGGAAAUAUCCAUUUCAGAUGUGAAUUCUAUUACUGUGCAAAGGAUUAAUUCUAUCAAUUUUCUGAAAAAGGUGAGAAGGUUGACAAUGAAAAAAAUCGUCAAAGUCAGUAAAUUCAGCCUAUCAGAUAUUGUGGCUGAUUAUGAAGAAAUUGUAUCUGCAAGUCAAUUAACAGAUAUAAUUUGUAAGUUUACUGAACCACGAAGAAAGUUAAAGCCUCAGAGGAAAGAAAGAAAAAAAGUUGCAGCACAGACCAUUUCUGAUGGAGAUGUUAAGAUUCUUGUCAGGAUACUAAGGGCCUAUAAUAUUCCGACCAGAAAAACAGUACUUAGUAGGGCUUUCGAUAUGCCUGCUUAUAUGACAUCCUCCAUGUCUCGCCUGAGACAUCAAGAAAUAAUCAAAUCAGUGGCCUCAAAUGAGAUCUUAAUUGAGAUAAUCAAUAGUUAUGAUGUGUUGCAGGAUAUGGUAUACCCCUUUAUAGAAGUUUCUUUUCAACACACUAUAUACCAGACCAAUACUGCAAGUGGAUCUCAUCCAUGUUGGAAUGAAGAAAUUAGUAUAGAUUUCAACUCACCAGGACAUGAUUAUAGCUUCUCAUGUUUAUCUAAAAUAAAAGAUAAUAUAUAUAUAAACAUUUUUGAUGAAGUGAUAAUUGAAAAACAUGAGGAUCAUUGUCUCAAGAGCUGUAGUGCUCACUCAUAUAUAAGAAAGAAUUGGCUUGGUUCCAUCAUCUUCCCUUUCUCUACUCUUCUACAACAAUCUGAGAUUAGUGGGACAUUUCAAGUAAAUAUUCCACCAGUUUUGCUUGGGUAUACAUGGAGUAAGACUUACAUAUCUCCUAAAGAUUACAAUGGUCAGAAUUUAAAAGAAUGUACCUUCUUAAAUAUUUUUGCUACAAUUGAACCUCAGAUAUCAUAUAUCUCCUGUGGUCCAAAACUAGACGAGUUUUCAGAUCAAAUAGAUAUUUUGCAGAGAGCAAAGACUUUUAAAAAGAGUUGCAAGGCAAUGUUUCCCAACCGAAGAAUUGUAACUACUGUUUUUAAUGCUGAUGGGAUACCAGUCGUAGUAACACGAUAUAUCAAGGCAUUAAAUCCACCUCAACAAUUUCUGGAUAUAUUUCUUAAUGACUCUAAGGCAGCACUUGAUCUCAUUGCUUGGUUUGUGUCUUUGAUUCCUUUUAUGACUGAAACAUUGGAUGGAAAUGAUGGCUGUGAUAUAUGGAUGACAUCAGAGUGCUGCAUCGAGUUGGCUGUUGGAAAUAAGGAAGAGCACGCCAUACUUCUCUGUAAUUUCUUUCUGUACUUUGGAAAGAAGGCAUUGGUGCUUCUGGGAACCUCAGUAUUAGAAGGUCAUGUGGCUUAUGUAUUAACUCAAGAAACUAAUGAAUAUUUGCUUUGGAACCCAUCAACUGGGCGAUGUCAUAAGCAGUUUGAUCCAUUUUGUCCCUUACAAAGUGUGGACUGUUUGUUUGAUGAUAGAAAUGUCUGGUUUAAUGUUCAACAAAAUAAUACACCAAUGGCUGUACAUUUUGACUAUUCAAAAGAAAGUUUCUGGAAACAGUUACUUCCAAAGAAUUUUCAGGGAGCAAAAGCACAAAGCAUACAGCCUGAAGAAAUAGUUUAUUCUGAUACUAAUAAAAGCAUGGUAGAAGAUCUAAAGAACAGGAUUGAAAGAACUCUUAAGUGUAAAAUGAUGGAAUGGCGACCUAAACACCCAACACGUUGGAAUCGACAAUGUACUUCUAUUUUGCGACAAAUUCUUCCUAAACUAGAACUUUACACAAGAAGUUUUGUUUCAUUUGAAGAAGACAGUGAAUUUGAAAAACUACAACAAUUUUAUUGGGUCACAGGAUUUCCCAUCCAGAUGCCAUAUACUGAUGUACAGUCAAUUAUUGAUGCUGUGUAUCAGACUGGAAUUCACACUUCUGAAUUUCCCCAGACAGAAUUUGCUUUAGCUGUAUAUAUCCACCCAUAUCCAAACAGCAUAUUAUCUGUGUGGGUCUGCCUGGCUUCCUUGGUCCGACAUCAGUGAAGCAGAAGAAGGGAAAUGAA